AUGAGUGUUCGGGUCGUUGCGCGAAUCAGACCUCUCUUGAAGUCGGAACGAGAAUUGGAUGUCAUUGUUCGGACAGGCACCAACAACAAAGGAGAGAAGAAGAACACUGAAGACAGUAAAUCUCUGGCCGCAUUGAGGGAUCGUGAUACGCUUGUGCGAAUUCCAAACCCGAAACAUGAACACGAGGAGUACUCUUUCCAGUUCAAUGCAGUCUACGACGCGGAGGUUUCUCAGCAGGAGGUCUUCGACGCUGAAGUUGCUCCCACCGUGAAGCACCUUUUCAAUGGAUUUGACGUCACCUUGUUCGCAUACGGCGUUACGGGAACCGGGAAAACCCACACGAUGCGAGGUGGUAAAAGCCUUGCUGACAGGGGUGCAAUCCCCCGACUUCUCAGCACCAUCUAUCGACGCGGACGGAAGAUCGAGAAGGACAGCGAGGGGGCUACAUCCGCGAAUGUUUCCUUGAGUUAUUAUGAAAUAUACAAUGACAAGGUCUACGAUUUGUUCGAGCCCCCAGAGAAGAGGACGUUCGCAGGACUGCCCCUUCGGGACAACGGUGGGAAAACGGUCGUCGUGGGGUUGACAGAGAGGCCCUGUACGAGCUUGAAAGAGUUUGAGAGCCUUUACGACCAAGCAAACACCAACAGGUCAACCUCUGCUACCAAGCUGAACGCUCAUUCUUCACGAUCUCAUGCCAUCCUUUGCGUUAAGCUUACGGUCACUACCGGCGACAAAACACGAAUUAGCACUGCUUCCGCCAUUGACCUUGCAGGCUCCGAGGACAACCGCCGAACGGACAACGGGAAAGAGCGCAUGGUGGAAUCAGCCAGCAUCAACAAGAGUCUAUUCGUACUAGCCCAGUGCGUCGAAGCAAUGACCAAAAAGCAACAGAGGAUCCCGUAUCGAGAGUCGAAGAUGACGCGAAUUCUAUCGUUGGGCCAGAACCAAGGAUUGACGGUCAUGAUCCUCAACCUUGCCCCCGUUCGAUCUUAUCACUUGGAUACACUCAGCUCACUCAAUUUCGCCAACCGGACGAAGAAGAUUGAGGUUCGCGAGGUCGAAAAUGAGCCAAUGUUCAAAGGUCCUCCUAGGCCAGCCAUGCGGCCUUCUGUGGCUGCCCAGCGGCAGCCUCUCCGGCCAUUGACGGCUUCAGUCAACGCAAAUCUACCAGCACCUGGCACAACAGAUGCGUCGAAACCUGCAGACAGCAAGCCUGUGAAGGCAUUCUCUGUCUUCUCCGAUAAGCCACAGCCGAGGAAUUCGACACAAUUCAAGAAGCCUGAAAUUCCAAAGCGGACAUCCUUGACCUCUAAUACUCCUCGACCACAACCGUCGAAGAUCGGCCGUCCUUCCCAAACAACAACACAACAGCAGAGCAACCACGAAGAUAUCUCCGCUGUUAGAAUUGAGGAAAUGGUGCAGAAGAAGGUCGAGGAGAUCCUCGCCGUCAGAGCUGUUAGCGAACAAACAAGACAGACACAGGUCCACGAACUUAAUGAGCAAGUCCAGAAGCGAUUGGAAUCCCUCGAGCAACGCAUCGAAGGCUCCGAGGAUGCAAGGGCUGAAGGGUUGUCAUACCUGCUAAUGGCAAAACAACACCAGGGCCGAGGGGAGGACCAUUCCGCUCUGAAAAUGUACCAGCUUGCAUUGCCGUUCUUCCCUAACAACGAGAAACUGGCUAUGAAGAUUUCCCGUCUGGAAGAGCAUCUCUAUAACGGUCAAGAGAACACAUGUUCUGCUACUCCGGCUUCUCCGCCCGCAAAAAGGGAACCGGGAACCAUGCUGUCAAUCAGGAAGCAGCCCCUGAGACCCCAAAUCAAGCGCGCAGCUGACGAUUCCGACAAUGACUACGAGGAGCCCGAGGCUGUAUCUGAAGAUCUCAGCGAAGAAGAAAUCCAGGAUACCUCUCGCGCCCUCCGCAGGAAGCGCACAAAGACCAUCAAGGCCGCAUCGAGCGAUAAUGAGGACUCGGAUGUACCCGAACAUUUUGAAGAGGCACCCUCACCGCGUACGAUCCAUCUGCUCUCUACCAUAAACUCCCGCGAUGUCAACCAGAUCAAGUUGCUGAAGGGCGUUGGCGUUAAGAAAGCAGAGGCCAUUGUUGACUGCCUCUGCGAAAUGGACCAGAAACUAGACGAAGGAGAAGAAGCCCACACACAGGUAAACAACAUCUUGGAACUGAGCAAGUUGAAGGGUGUCGGGGCACGAACAGUCCAAAGCAUGAGAACCGGUGUUUUGGUUUAG